CAAUCAACUUGCCUUCUCAACCCCCCACCCCACUCCACCCCUCCCUCCUUUACAUCUCUUCUUUACUCCCUUUCUUCCAUAUUUUCUUCCUUCCACAAAAAUGGUUUCUCUCCGCGCAUUCUUCUCCCACUUCCUCCUCCUCCUCCUCCACUUCGCCUGCUUCAUCUUCUCCCCCCACCACCACCAUCACCGCCGCCGUCACCAUGACUUCAAGAAAAAGGUCGCCACACAAACAGCAUCACUCUUUACUUUCAUCAAACGCCUCUUCUCCUCCUCUUCCUCCGCCGCUGCUGCAGCCUCCGACCCCACUCCACAACCGGAACACUCGUUAAUCCAAUCCCCAUUUUCCUCCACACGUUCCUUACGCGCAAUCCCUCCCACCGCCGUAAUUCCCACCACCCCAUCACAAGAUCAGACUAAUCUAUCCCAACCCAACCACCCACUGCUCUCGCGCACCGACAUCCACCCUUGCGCCGUCUGCGGCGAAAUCCUCCGGUCCCCGGCCCUUCUCCACCUUCACCAGUCCGCAAAGCACGCGGUUUCUGAGCUCGUCGACGGCGAAAACAUCGUUCGGAUCAUAUUCAAAAUGGGCUGGCCCGAGAAGGCCAAGAGCCCCAUCAUCCAUCGGAUCCUCAAGAUCCACAACAGUCCCAAGUCAAUCUCCGUAUUCGAGGAGUACAGAGAGCUCGUCAAGUCGAGGGCGGCAGCGGCCAAGAUAAAGACACCGAGAAACGAGCGGUGCAUCGCCGACGGCAACGAGUUGCUGCGGUUCUACUGCACCACCUUCAUAUGCGAACUGGAGUCAAGCAUAUGCAGCCAGCAGUACUGCAGUGUGUGUGGGAUUAUCAGGAGCGGGUUCUCGCCCAAGAUGGACGGGAUCUCGACGCUGGGCACCAGCUACGGCGCGCACUCCGCCGUACCCGAGGACAUCGAGGAGGAGUUCAAGUUCAUGCACGUGAAGCGGGCGUUGCUAGUUUGCCGGGUCGUUGCGGGUCGGGUCGGAUGUGACUUGGGUCUGGUGGACAAAGAGGAUCCAGGGUUCGAUUCGCUGGCCGCGGGUAGGGGGAGCGAAGACGAGGAGGAUGAGCUGGUGGUUUUCAAUCCGAGGGCUGUGCUUCCUUGCUUUGUGAUAGUGUACACAGUGCAGUAGUUUUUGUACGUAGCACGUGUUCCUGCUACAUGUGUGGCUCAAUUCAUGCAACAUAGUGCAGUUAAUCUCGAUUGUUGUCGACAGUGUUUGUGUUUACUUACAGUGUUGUAAAAUUAUUGACAGUGUAUAUAUGGCAUCCUUUAUCUGUGCUUUA